AUGGCAAAGAAGGCGUUUUCCCUCAUAACGAUAUGUCUUGCAGCCUUCGUACUUGCAGUGCAGGCUAAGUCUGGCCCUACGAUCACCAGUAAGGUCUUUUUUGACAUUGAAAUUGAUGGCAAACCUGCAGGUCGCAUUGUCAUGGGCUUGUACGGCAAGACGGUGCCCAAGACGGCGGAAAACUUUCGCGCGCUGUGUACGGGUGAGAAGGGCGUGGGUAAAAGUGGGAAACCCCUGCACUACAAGGGCAGCAUCUUCCACCGCGUCAUUCCACAGUUUAUGUUGCAGGGCGGUGACUUUACUCAGUUUAACGGCAUGGGCGGCGAGAGCAUUUAUGGUGAAAAGUUCGAUGAUGAGAAUUUUAAACUAACCCAUACUGGUAAGGGUAUUCUUAGCAUGGCCAACUCGGGCGCCAACACGAACGGCAGCCAGUUUUUCAUCUGCACGGUCAAGACCUCGUGGCUGGAUGGCCGCCAUGUCGUCUUUGGUCGUGUCUUGGAGGGAAUGGACGUGCUGGACGCCAUUGAGGCUGUGGGAUCCCCAAGCGGCACCCCUAGCAAGAAAGUGGUCAUCGUGGACAGCGGUGAGCUGGACGAGUCUGCCGACUAUGCCGAGGUAGAGUAG